AUGAAUGCGCAUAACCCGGCUGAAAUAAGAAACAACGGAGCUGAGAUUCAUGAUCCUCAUAUACCCGAAAUCCCCGGUCUCAAGGAUCCCGCCGGUUCCGCAUCUUGUAUCCGAUCGAUAAGUGCCCACCUACUUGGAGAACGCGGCGUACGGGACUGCAAAGGGCUCGCGCGCGUUUUCGACGGCGAGUACCUAUUUGUGGAUCCUGAAAAUAAGCUGAGCAAAUACGCCCCAAAGAAUUGGCGAAACUCUCAUACAUAUGGUCUGGAUAGCAGUGGAAGACCAGCAUUUGUCCUGUACUUUCGAGUUCGUUUCUACAUCGAUACGCCAUUACUCUUAAGCGAUGAGACGACACGGCAUCACUAUUACCUGCAACUGCGCGACAAUGUCGUCAGGCACGGCGGCGGGGUGGAGAGCCUCCAUCCUCACCAUCCCCUGCACGAGCCGUCCAUCGUCACGCCGCUGCUGGUGCUCGCUGGGCUUGCCCUGCAAGCCGACCUCGGCGAUUAUUCCGAGGAACGUCACAGACCGCAUGCAGGAUCUGUCGGCUAUUGCAAAUCCACGGACUACCUUCCUCCCCACAUGUGCCUCGAGUCGAACGUGCUCACCGUGCUUGCGACCCAGCACAGAGAGAACAGCGGGCUCUCCAGAGAGGAGGCAGAGUUGCAAUAUAUCCGGGAGGCGGUGCUGCUGGAAGCGCCGCUCAACGCUCACCUGUACCGGUUGCGCCGGAGUAAGAACGAGGCGGGACCGGGACGGAUACUCCUGGCAAUUUGCGCUCGCGGAGUGCGAAUCUACGCCGAAGAGGAGACACCGCGCGUUUUCGCUUGGAACAACAUCGGCAAGCUCUCUUUCGAUCGCAAAAAGUUCGAGAUCCGAGCGGUCGAUCAGCCGGAAAAACUCACCCUCUAUAGCGGGUGCGAUGACAAGAGUAAACUCCUCUUGGGACUCUGCCGUGACACCCAUCAGUUCUCUAUGGCUAUAGCGCCUAGAGUAAAUGAAGCUAUGAGACGGGAGGAAGAAGAACGGAAAGUCUUGAGGGAUUGUUACAUGUAUCCUACUCGAUGUAAAUUGAGUUUAACGGCGCGCGGUGCGCGCGGUGACCAACGAAUUUCCGUCAUCUCAAGUACAUCCUCGAACACAACGUCCGGUAUUGUUAGCGAUCGGGUGCAUAGCGAAGACGAGCCUGAUACCGCACCAGCGUCCACCGAGUGUUUGCCACGUCUUACCGAGACGGUACCUUAUUUGGAUGGCCAAAGUAGAGUUUUAAAUGGCACGAAUGGGGAUACGGACAGUCAUUCUAUACCACCUUCUUCCGUUUCUAUUGACGAGAUUGACAAUUCCGACGCCACGUCUACAUCGGUGGUACUACGUCUCGCGUCAAGCGCCGCGACCGCCGCCGAGGGCUCGCAAUGCAGCAGCAGUUGCAGCACAGUGGUCGUCGUUAAUACGUCGACGGGCGGACCGUCGCGAAUGCGCCGCGCCUCGGCGACCUCUAGCUUGGAGCUCGGCUAUUCGCACACGGCGCAAAAUUCAGCGAUCUCCUCGGAGACAGCUAGCUUUCCGGGUGCUAUUUACGACAGAUGUAAGAAGACAGGUAAAUAUACAGGUACUGAUAUUGCGAGCGAAACUAGCGGCGUGUAUACACUGAGAAGCAGCGAGAUCCAAGACGAAAGAAUCGGCGACGAUCUCUCCGUUCAGUCCACCACUGACGAAGCGUCCAUCACAUCCGGUUUCUACACCAUUCACAGUGGGCUACGUUCCGAAAGCAGUUACGCGGAAGAUGUCGGCGCGGAAGAUCAGGAGCCAAUAUACAGUCUUUGCAAGGGCGACGAUGACGAGGUCUUGCUGGACCGUCAGCUGGAGGACUCGCGCUCGCGAAGCAACAGCAUACUCAGCGUGAGCAGCUUCCGAGGUGAUGGCAGCGAUCCGUCCAGCGCGAGACCGUUGCUGUCGGCUGACGAGUUGUCGGAUUUGAUAGUCGGCAGAUAUCCUCCACGCAAGACCAUCAGCAAUUCGAUGGACUCGGAUUGCGAUUACGUGACGAUGCCGCCACCACCUCCGCCGCCCAGGACGGACAGCGAUCGGCAAUUGCCGCCGCCGUAUCCGCUGGAGAGCAUUGACUACGCAACAAUCAAUGUCUCGAAACGGCGAACCGAUCCACCGCCGCCGCCGCCUCCGUACACGUCGUCGCGAGAGAGGAUUCAAAUACCGCCACCCACCCCGCCGCGAAACGACGCGGUGACGCCACGUGAACCUCCACCACCUCCGCCGCCCUCGCCUCGAAUCCAACCUCCCACAUACCCGGGCGACAAAAUGAAACCCACCCCCGUGCACGCGCCGGUCGCCGCUCUCGUGGUAGGCCCGAACAAUUACCUGGACGUGCACGCGUCCCGAGGCGGUCCGGUACUUCUACCGUAUCUGACAACAUCAUCGCCCCCGCCGCCUCUGCCGCCACCGCCGAUAGUACAUCCGCGGCAACCACCGCCGCCGCCGCCGUCGCUGUCGCAGCCGCCGUCGUCCACGCAGCAGCCAGCGUCGAGUCUGGCGACCGUCUACACGAGUCAGGUCUCUCGAUCGCAGAUAGAGCAGUACAAGCAGCAGCUUUACUCCGACGUCGAUUACGUUAUGUUCCCGCUCAAAGAUCCGGCGGUGUCGAAGCAGGAGUACAUCGACGCCAAACAGGGCUCCCUUCUGGCGGCCAUGGCGGCCUAUCCGCCGCCGCCGUAUCCGUCCUUCAGCAAGUCCUCGGUGAUGUAUCGCAGCACGCCCUACCUUCCCGGCUCCUCCUUUUCCUCGCCGUCCAAAUACGCGUCCAACCAGAAUCUGAGUGCAAGCGACACCGGCAAUUCCGGCGGAAAUUAUCUUCAAAGCAAUCUGAGCAGCCACUACGCUGCCAGCACCAGCUCGUUGUACAGCGGUGCAACCUGUUCGUCCGCGAGCAACCACAGUCUCAGAAGGGAGCCACCCGUGCCGGCUCACCCACACACGUUGAACGCGUCGACGCGGACCAGGAGCGACGAGAACAUUCUCAAAUGCUUGGACACCUUGUUCGCGAACAAGAUGCAAUCUCUACCGCAGUCCAAGCAUCGCAGGCCACCGCCACCACCACCGCCCUAUGAAAUACAGAAUCUUGAAAAAAGUCAGCCGCUGCCGUCGUCCUCUUCAGCGGCGACUUCCUCGUUGGUCGCCACAACAACGAACAAAUUUAGGAAACUCGGCACCGGCGUGGAAGAGAAAGACGAGGGGAAGAACGACGACAUGUUGGACAUUCGAACGCUUCGCGAGAAAAGUCGUAACUUAGACUUACCGUUAAUCUCGGCGUUAUGCAACGAUCAAUACCUGCUGAAGCAGACGAAGGCCUUCGUCCUGCCGAAGCAUCCCAGCGAGAUAGCUAAUUCCACCGCCGCGUCCGCGAAGAGCGGCGCGCGGGGCAGCAACGGCGCGACGUCCAGCAGGAACAAGUACCCGGUGAGUGGACUGUCAACGACGCAGAUUCAGAAGCCGCUUAGGAAAUCCUCGACGAGCACUCACAGGCAUCCCUCCGAGGUGAAGAGCAACGCCUACAAGGUCAACGCCUCCUCCGCAGGGGGAGUCCCGACUGUUAAGAAGGACUUUACAAGGGCAUCUCACUCCUAACAACGCUUGUGUAGACACAUUCCUUUCCUCAUUCAUAGACUCUUAUUAAGCUCAGGACGAAAGUACAUUCCAUAAUCUCGUAAUCACUAUACCACGCGCUACGUCGACGUAAUGUAAUUAAUAA